AACGUUACCCGACAUCGCGCGUAUGAGUGGUGGGGUAGUGACCCGCCAGGGCAGGGGUGUCGGCCUCUCCAAUAAUUCCCGAUCGAUAAGCAAGGGACAUGCACGCCGUGGCAAUAAAAGUAACUCUGGGUCUGUGAAUUCGGUAAAGAUAACUAUCCAAGGAUUAGGCCCAAUAUUGAUCGUUGAACGCGUUUUUGGAGACUCGUCGACACCUGUACGAAGAUUGAAAUAAUGGGUUCCAUGGAUAUUGCAGGUGGUAUGAAGACGAGUUGGAGUCGUUUAGUGCGGUUUGUCGCAACCGAGGACGGUGCUGAGCACAUCGGCGAGCCCAUUGAUGCUGAGCUAGAUGUCGGUGUAGCCCUUGCCUUAGGAUCAGAAGUCAAAGCCCACGUUUUCACCGGGUCGUCGGUACUCUCUGUGGAUACCCAACCAACGCUAGUGACCUACACGAUAUCCAAACUACUACCACCACUUUCAAAAGCCGAAGUCGGCACGAUUCGCUGCAUAGGCCUGAAUUACCGGAAACAUGCGAAAGAGAUGAACUUGGACCUUCCAGACCACCCGACUCUCUUCUUUAAGCCUUCAACAUGCCUAGGGGCGCCGAAUGCGCCUUUGGUCAUUCCACAUCAGGCGACAGAUGGGCAGGCCGACUACGAAGCCGAGCUCGCAGUUGUCAUCGGGAAGCCGGCCAGAAAUGUGAGCAAAGAAGAUGCAAUGGAGUACGUGCUGGGCUACACAUGCUCGAAUGAUGUAACGGCGCGAGUCCACCAGUUCAACGGCGCGCAAUGGGGGUUCGGCAAGGGCUUCGAUGGCUUCGCGCCACUAGGGCCAUGUCUGGUAUCCGCGUCUUCGAUACCAAACCCAGGCGAAAUUGAGCUGAAGACUGUACUCAAUGGGGAAACGAUGCAAUGCUCGUUGGCGAACGAUAUGAUCUUCAGUAUACCGGAGAUAGUCGCAUAUUUAAGCCAAGGAACGACGCUGGAGCCAGGCACCGUGAUCAUGACGGGUACGCCGCAUGGCAUUGGUGUGAGUAAGGUGCCGAAGGUGUGGCUCAAGCCAGGAGAUGAUCUAAGGAUCGUGAUGAGCCAUGGUAUGGGAAGUCUGGUGACACCAGUAGCGUAUGAGGAAGCUUAGAGUAUAUACCGAUAUCGAGGCUAUAUGGCGCAUAAGUGGGACAGUAAUAACGUCUUUCCGGAGAGCG